AUGACGGCACCCGCCUCCUCGCACUCUGCGAAGGAAGACACCUCUGUCCCGCCUCACAACCCCGCUUUCGUCCUGCAUGGCAUCCAGGACGUCCGGUUCGAGGAUCGCCCUUUGCCAGAAGAAUGCGGCGAGGAUGAGGCCAUCGUAGCGCCCAAGGCCACGGGAAUCUGCGGGUCCGACUCGCAUUACAUGUGCCACGGUCGAAUUGGCGACUUUGUCGUCAAGGCACCCAUGAUUCUCGGCCACGAGACGGCGGCUGUCGUUGUCAAGGUUGGGAAGAACGUCAAGAACGUCAAGCCGGGAGACCGUGUCGCUCUCGAGCCGGGCAAGUCGUGCCGCGUCUGCUCCGAGUGCAAGAGCGGGCACUACGAGCGCUGCGCCGACAUGAUCUUUGCGGCGACGCCUCCUUACGACGGCACUCUGGCCGGCCGCUACAUUCUCCCUGCCGACUUGUGCUACAAGCUGCCCGACGGCAUGUCUCUCGAGGAAGGCGCCUUGCUCGAGCCCAUGUCAGUCGGCGUUCACGCAGUCGCCAAGAUCGGCGACAUGAAGCCCGGCGCGAACGUCGUCGUCUUCGGCGCGGGUCCGGUCGGCUUGUUGACUGCUGCUGUGGCCAAGGGACUUGGCGCCAGGCUGGUCAUUGCGGUUGACAUCCAGGAGGACCGCCUUCAAUUCGCCAAGGAUAAGGGUCUCGUUCACGACAUCUAUGUGCCGUCAAAGCCGAACCAGGGUGAGGACAAGGUCGACUACCAGCGGAGGAAUGCCGCCGAGAUCCGGCAGAAGUUUGGGUUCGAGGAGCGUGGGCCGCAGGGUGUUGACCUCGUCGUUGACUGCUCUGGCGCCGAGGUCUGCAUCGCGACUGGUGUCUUCCUCCUCCGUCACGGCGGCACGCUUGUCCAGGUCGGCAUGGGCAAGCCCGACAUCACGCUCGACAUGCACACCAUCCUCACGCACGAGCUCACUCUCAAGGGUUCCUUCCGUUACGGUCCCGAUGUCUACCGCCUCGCUCUCGACCUCGUGGCUCGGGGCGCCGUCAAUCUUUCAUCGCUCAUCUCGCACCGCUACCCCUUCGCACAGGCGAAGGAGGCGUUCAAGGCGAAUCAAACGGGCAAGGGCGACGACGGCAACGGCGUCAUCAAGAUCAUCAUCGCCGGGCCAACCGCGAACGACGAGUUCUGA